CGGCAUCUCUCUUCGUGGGCAAUAUCUUUUUACGUUCCUGCGAGUAGUGCGCAUGUAUAAGCGAAGCAUGGCCGGUGCAUCGGCACUCCCUUGUGUUAUCGAUCAGUCGCGUGGUAGCGGUUGUAGCCCGCCGUGUCAUGGAGGAUCUCCUGCUGCAGAUCAUAAGGGAGUCGAACAAUGCGAGGCUACAGAAUUUACGAAAGUCGGCGCAGGAGGCGCACGAUUUUCUGGAGAAGCAGCAAGGCUUGCUGCGAGAUCCGCCGCACGAGCUGCGCGCGAAAUGUCUACAUACGUUUCAGCUAGCACUGGAGAGCAACAGAAGCAAGUUCGUCGCUUUUGGACUUGCGGGAUUGCACAAAAUGUUAAGAGACGACAGAUUCCAAUCACCGUACGAGCCAGAAGAUGAUUCGUUAUGGCUGCCUGCACAAAUGUUGCACGCCAUGAGCUCCAUCGUCUCGCAGUCCGAUGACACACAGACGGAUAUGCUCAAAGUCUUACUGCAAGUCGCUUGCUCUCCUUAUUGGACUAUGAACGGCCGCUUGAUUAUCGCUAUACUGACUACUUGUUGCGAGGCGUUCGAGAAUGGCAAUCAGGCUGUGCGUACAGCCGCGCAGGCUGCAACCAGUCAAACGUUGCGAUCGUUCUGCCUGUUCUUAGACGAGGAGUGCCAGGAGAUGGACGAGAACGCCAAGCGGAACAAGAAUGUGCGCGAGCGAGGUGUCUCGUGCUUCAACGAGGCGCUGCCGAUCCUGCAGUACAUCUGCAGCAAGCUGGACGAGGCACAGAAGAAAUCUUGUUCCAGUAACGGCAGAAACGGCAGCACCGUGGUCUUCCUACUGGAAUGCUUGCACACGCUCAUAUCGUCGCUACCGCAGAAGAUUCAUACUAACGCACACUUUACGACUUUCUUAUGGCAGAAGUUCUGCCCCGCCUUGAUAGCCUUUCUGGGCACUCCCCGCGUAGAUAAGACCUUUACCUCCCGGGAGGGAAAGGAGAACGAGAUUGGCAGAGGUUCCGGGUACUUGGCCACGUCGUUGAGUUUCGACAGUCAUCAGGCUAAAACUGUUUACAGCAUUGGCACGGAAUUAGUGAGAUUAGUAGGAUGCGUCGGCCCGUUGCGGCCAGUUUUGGAAUCGGUGUUCCACAGAAUGUUGCUAUAUCCACCGCCGCAGCAGCGUUUAGAACCCUUGAAAGCAUUGAAGGAAUUGUUGCGCAGUCCCAGUCGCAUGGUUGAUUUUGCUGGACCGUUGCUCGUGGAAGAAGAUCGAUCGAGCCAUAUACAAAGUGACAUGGCAUUGAUGAGACUAGCCAUGGACUCGAUAGAAGAAUCGACAACGGGUGGACUGGCUAUUUUGCACGCGAGUGUCUCUUGCGUAGUCGCAAUGCUGUCGGCGCUUCAAGAUCUUUGCGAGGGCAAGGCCAUUAAUCAUAAUUAUACAUGCACAAUUAAUAGUUUGUAUGAAAAUUUGGAAUCCUGUGAUUAUCGUGGACCUCUGACUUAUCAGAGCAUGGCACGAUUACCAAAAACAUAUAGAGAACAAUUGGAGUUAAUGAAAAAAGGUAUGGGCUCGGAUUCCGACUCAUCCGGACAUGGGCCAUCAGAAGAUGGCGAUUCAACGGACACUGAAGGUCCGCAAAACGAAUCAGAUGAGAUUCAAGAAAAUAGUCUUGACGACAACGAUUGCACAACGGAGAAUGAAUACGAGAAAAUGAGAUUGAAAAAGUUGCCAAAGUGUCUUCACGUGGGUCGACAAGUGGCCGAUGAAUGUAACGUGGACGUAGAAAGACACAAUGCCAGGCGAUUUGUGAAAACGCUUAGAUCCGAUCUCAUACCAAGGGUUCUCACCUUGCGAAGUAAUAUAGAAGUGGACGAGGCGUUGCAAAAUUUUGCAUCUGAAUACUGUCAAGGGGUGUUUGUAGCUCAACAAAAAAUGCAGGGACAAACUGACACUAGCACAGAUUCAUGUGCAUUAAUCACGAUUAUGAACGCUGAUGGAAUUUAUCUGGCGACGUAUGCAGCAUUGCUUCUCAAUUUGAAACUAAUCCAAAUAAAUUAUUAUCAUGAGGAAGGUCGGCAAAUUCCAAUCAGCGAGGAGCGAUUUGUGGAGGAGGUGCAUGGAUCGGGUGUACUGGUUUAUCUCUCAGCGACAUGGCUCUCCGAAUUGUAUCAACAAGUUCUCGCAUGCAAUUUACUCGAGAAGUGUGGUUACAAUCCUAACUCCUCGGAGAACAAUGCAUUGGCCAACGUUCUCACGGACGUGGACGGUAUACCCGGCAGUCACAGAGGCGGACAAUUGCUUUCUGAUUACAUAAGAUUGGAACGGGCCCAGCUUUCUCGAAGUGAGCCAACUCCGGAAGCGGAGGCUGGUGCAAAACUCUCCCGGAGAGUGCUGACUUGCUGCUGGGGCAGUAUGAUGACGGUUCUCACGACGGGGCUGAAUCCUCCUAAGGAGGAAACGAAUAAGGGCAUACUAAACAGAGACGGUGGUAGAAGAGGAGUCAGAGACACGGUCGUCUUGGCGCUUGAGGGUCUUCACAAGGCUGCCACGUUGAGCAACGUACUCGGUUUGCAGAACCGCUGCGGCUCCAUCUUUGCCCUUCUCGCAAAGGCCGCUUGCACGGAGCAAUCCAUUUCGAAGAUUACUCGCAAGAAGGACGUUCUUCGACUUAAAUUGCAGAAUAAAGCGACGAAUCUUCAUACGUCUCACGCGCUCAGUAUGGAUGUGCUUCUGGGAAGAGGUUUGGAAUUGGGUAGUCACGGUAGCGACUGCUGGCCGCACGUUUUCACGUGUUGCCUGUACGUGAGCAAGCUGGAACAUGACUUUUUCGGAAGGAAUCAAAAUCCAUCACUGCCCAAGGCCUCUCAGAAGAAAGAAAAGAAGGAUGCUGCAAAUGGCGAUGCCAAGAAUGGCCAAGACAGGCUUCGAUUGAAUUUCAACAUUGUCGAUGACGAGGAAUCUUGCGUGGACGUUUAUAGCUUCCUUUCGAGUCCCUACACGCAAAAUCCAACCACGGACACGAUUCCGGAGAUUAUUCAAGAAUCGAACGCCGACAGCCAGUUCAAUGGGAUUUUACCAGCGGAUUAUGCCGCCAAGAUUAUUUGCGUGCUAUCGCAGCAAGUCGAUAGACUUUUCGAGGAUGCGGCACUCAAAUUGAAUCUCAGAGCGCUCUGCUCGUUUCUUACGGCCCUCUGUAAAGCCAGCAAGGCGCAAUUGUUCAAGACCACCGAUGGCUGUAAAGACAAUAAGAGGUUUUGGUGGAGACGAAGUAAGCCGAGAGAGAACGAGAUGAACGUGCUGCUUUUGGCUCGUUUAGGCGAAGUUAUGUUGAAAUGUGUAAAGAGCGGCAGACCUUUGAUACAUAUAAUGGGGGUAUGGACUAUUUUGGGACCACACUUCAUGGAGGCGGCUUGUCACGAGGACCGUAGCAUUUCGAAGAAGGCCGUGCAAUGCAUUCACGAUUCCAUGGCGGCUUUGCUAAACGAACAAAUAGAACUUCCACAUUUCCAUUUUAACGAGGCGCUCUUCAAGCCUUUCGAGAAUCUUUUGUGCCUCGAACUCUGCGACAGCGACGUGCAGGAUCAAAUUGUCAGUUGCAUCUGCGAGUUCGUUGAGACGAACCGUACGGAGAUACGUUCGGGUUGGCGUCCGCUUUUCGGCGCCCUCCGAGUGGCGUCGGUCAACAAUUCGGACUCGGUGGAAUCGGCGCCCUUGUUAGAAGUUUUCAGAGUCUUCCUCUCGACGGACAACACACUGGUCUUUGCUAACGCCGCCCUGGACUGCAUCCUGUGCCUGCUGAAACACGUGAGGGGCAUCGGCGACAACGAGGCCCAAUCCGAGGAGACCGAGGGCGUCGACAGCGCGGAAUCGCGAAGGAUGCGGCUCUGCGUGGAGAGCCUGAAGUACCUGUUGAGCUGCAGCGACAUCCUCUCGUCGAUGUAUCGAAUGCCGGCCUGCCCGAUCUUUCAUUCCGCGCAGCGGAUUCAGGUCUCCACGAUACCGCAAUACGUGGACCCGAUCAUUCCGAAUCUCGAGCUGACCAGGUUCGACAAGCACAUCGAGACGAUGCAGGAGAUGAUCCCGGAGAAGUCGUACGACGCGCUGGCGCCGCUGAUCGACAAGGACGCCCAUCCUAUCGCCACGUUGCAGAGCAUGGACAAGCCGAGCGGUAUCCUCAGGGUCUGGUACAUCCUCAUCGAGGGUCUGGCGAGCGCGACUAUGAUCUGCCCGAAGCGUUAUCAGCCGCACACCUUGGAAACUCUGUUCCACCUGCUGCGCGACAUCCUGAACGUACCCGGGCCGGCGUUCGGCCUCUACUGCGUUAAUCACCUGCUGUUGCCCAUGGUGCAAAACUGGCUGAGGAAAACCUCCAAGAUCUUCCGCGGAUGGGACAACUUCGCGCCCAAUUUCAAACAGUGCUGCGGCCUCACGACGGACCUCGUGGUCGAUUACUUGACGCAUCUGCAAGGUCCAGAGGUCGUCAGAAACGAUGCCUAUUUACCCGCGACGACGCUGAUGUUGAAACAGCUUUUGCUAGUGAUGGCGGAAUGCGUGGUGCAGCCCACGGAGAGCAUAGCUCGUCUCGGCUGCGCUUGCAUCAGGCAUGUCCUAGUGAGCAGCGGGCCACUCCUGACCCCGGAACAAUGGGAGGUCUGCGGUGUCGCGUGCUACCGCGCCUGUUCGAAUUCGUUGCAGGAGCUGCACCAGCUGACCAUGGCUUUCUCGCCGAGAUCGGAAUCCUUUUACGGGGACGUCGCCCAGGUGAAGGUCGCGGCGCGCCGAGACGCGACACCGGAAGAGACGGAACGGUUGCGGCAACUCGCCGCUCAGGUGUUCCUCCUGGAGGAACAAACGCGGCUCGAAGACGCUUCGCGGUCAUCUGACGAAAGGUCGUACGUGUUCCUUUUGUAUCCUCCUGCUGUAGCCGCUACUCUCAAUCCCGAUCUUUACAUCGUUAGAGUCCAGUUGCGUGCAUUGGUAGUCGGACUUUUGGUACAUCAGAUGCUGCUUCAUUGCAUCGCGAGUGUGCUUCUUCAAGGUGCCGGCUCCUCAAUUUCGAGUUUGUCUCACGUGAUCCCGCAUUCGACGCCAUGCAGUUCGCCUAAUCCUAACGUAAAACGGGGUUACCUCUCUCAUCUGAGUCCGCAUCACGUGGAGAUUUUCCUUUCUGCCCUGGACUUCUCGUAUGUCGCUGCGCUGAAGUUCGAUUGCCGACCCGGCCUGAAAUUCUUGGUGCAAAAGGUGGCGAAUCUCGAGCAACCAGCUAAUCUGUAUCGCCAAGCGGCCGCCGCCUGGACCAUUAAGCUUAUCACCCUGUUUGAGCUGUGCUUGCAAGAGGUAGAGGAGCUUCACGCGACUCUGGAGCUGGUGAAGACCAUUUUGGGUACGGGGCUGAGCGACAGGGAGUGUGUCUACGACAUCAAGCAUCGAAAACUCAACAAGUAUCUGCGGCAACUCCGUACGACUUUCGACGAGCUUUGCGAGACUUACGUCGAGGUAGUUCUCGACGAGGACGGCAGAUACACCAAGGUCGACAGUUUCGCCGAGAGGAAGAUAUUUUUGCUGGUGGCCCAGCCUGACGAUUUUCCCGAGAUUACUAGGAAGGAGCCCAUUGACGAUCGGCUUGUCACCAGUACUCCAGCCUUCGCCGAGUCGGAGAAAGAAGAUUCCAAUAUCCGUCGGGAUCAUCAGUCGCCGGGCGGCGACGAGGAGGAUGAUCAGGAUGAUCCAGAUGUGUACAAUCCAAAUUUGGACGACGAGAGCGGUUUGGAGGAGCUUGGUGCUGAGAGCGAAAACGAUCCGAGACCCUUCAGAUUAUCGGAUCUGGCUGCGGAAUAUUCAACUGAUUCCGGUCCACAGUCCGAACCGGAAACUGACGACUCCAGACCGGUGUCGAGACUGGGAUCGGUGACGGAGAGGAUUGUCUACCUCGAUCGAUCUGGCGGAACCUCCAGCGAGGGUUACAUCGACGCCAAGUACAAUGCCGCGACUCCGGCGCCUCCCAAGAUGACGUACUCUCGUGACGAUUUCUCGUACAAUUUGGAUUCACAUUGGAAAACGGGGUCGAUUUCUACGAGAACUUCCAUGGCUGAUAUGAAAAUUCGUAAUUCGUUUUCCGAUGAAGGCUUUUUAUAUCAAAAAUCAUACCCGGAAAGGCGCGGUAGUGACGUGGGUCCAUUGUCCAGGCGGAAAUCCUUGACGUUCAUCAUGGCGGCAGAUCUCGAGAAUGAAGACAAGUCCUUACCAGUCGAUCCCGUGGAUUCCCGAUCGAAAUCGGUGAUGGAACUGUGCCGAACACCCGCUUGGACGAUGUCUGCUGAUUCCUUCAAGGAGUCCCGCGAACCGGAAGAAAAUAUUAAAGAAGAGGACAAGAAGAAUUCAAAAUCUUCACAGAUCCUCGACAAUAUAGAUGAAUUACUGCGCGAUUAUGAACGUAGUAAGCGUGGCUUUAGGACAAAUCCCUUUUUGCGGGAUGAGGAAGAGACGCCUACAGUCGAGAGUCAACCGGUCGUUAAUCAGGAAGUACAAAUUCAGAGGCGAACCGUUAAUAAAGACAGCGAGGCUCAUAGGAAAGCUUGGGCAGACACUUUGAGCAUUGCAUUGGAAUGGGCUUUAGCUUUACCAGACGAACAAUUGGCGCCGUUGCUUCCGGUUUUCGUACGUGGCGUGCGAAUAUUGACCAGGCAUGCCGUAGAUCAGAGCUUGAAACAACGUCUCUCGGCUCUCUUUCAUCGUAUCGCUGUGCUUUAUGGAUUGACAAAUAAUUGAUAGCGAGUUUAGAUACGUGCGUUGAUCGCAGCCUUAGUUAUAAGACUUUUUAAAGGACAAAGAAAGAAUAAUUUAACAUGCUUGACUUACUUUUUUCAAGUUUUUUAUCAUUAGUAUGAUAGACGCGCAAAAUCGAAAGAAGAAAUAGGAAGAAGACGUAGAAUCUAUCGAUAUAUACUUUAUUCGUAACUUUCGAUCAAAUUAAGACAUGCUCCUCGACACAAGUAAAUUGAAUUCGAAAAAGAAAAGAACACACGAUGUUUCCGUUAUCAUUAUUUCUAUCUUUUCCGUAUACAUCGACGCGACGACACGUCGGAGACAAGGAUUUUAUUUACGAUCCAUUUCGCAUGCACAUCUCCCGAUUCUCAUUUUAUGCUCCUUGCGUCUAACUGUAGUUUGCGGUCCGGUCAUAGUGCCGGGUGUAUCGGAUUUUUGCUUCCAGCGCGUAAAGCUUGAAAACACGAGCGACAAAUGAAAGGUGUCUCGCGACGGACGCGACACAAGUGAUGCGGUGGCGCUCCUCUGUUCACUUAUCAAGAUCUCUAAGGGGCGGAAUAUAUUAUCAUUUCUUGCGCAGUUUCCUUUGCUACUAUAGACUAUUUUUUCUUUAGAACCGAAGAGACAGAGCAAAGGAGAUUUUGAAAGGGAUUAUAUAUAUUCCUUGCAAUGAGUAUUAUAUUUUAUUACAUAACGUAAUAUUUUUGGCAUGAGUCUAAUUGAGAUAAUAGUAAUGUAAUAUAACAUUUUAUAUUACACAUUCCGUACGCAUAGGUGAUGUUAUUUGUUAAUAUAAUUUAUUUCCCUCGGUUUGUAAUUGACUGACCGUAGAGAUUAUAACUGAAACGUUGAUGUAUAUAUCAGAUAUUAUCUGUUUAUUAUCAGAUAUCCCUGAUGUUUCUCUACGUAUGGUAUAUUCCAUAAAUGUUGUAAAUGUUGUUGAACAUCAGAUGGUUUAAAUGGAAAGAUUAAUAAUUGAUAAUAAAAUGUGCCUAUGUA